UAGUUUGCAGUCUCCCACCGCUGACUACAUAGUCUACAGAACGGCUGAGGACGGUUGCCUGGUGUCAUUAGCAAGCGGCCAGUAUGGCGGUAGCGCGAGCCGACGGGGCUCUGGCUCCAGAAGGAUCCGUGGUGAACUGGUCAGGGCAGGGGCUACAGAAAUUAGGGCCCAACCUGCCCUGUGAUGCUGACGUUCACACACUGAUUCUGGAUAAAAAUCAGAUUAUUAAACUGGAAAAUCUAGAGAAAUGUAAACAGUUAAUACAGUUGUCAGUAGCUAAUAAUCGGCUGGUUCGGAUGAUGGGCGUGGCCAAACUGACUCAACUUCGGGUAUUAAAUUUACCUCAUAAUAGUAUUGGCUGCAUGGAAGGGCUGAAGGACCUGGUCCAUUUGGAAUGGCUGAAUUUAGCAGGAAAUAAUCUAAAGACCAUGGAGCAAAUCAACAGCUGCACAGCUUUACAACACCUUGAUCUGUCAGACAAUAACAUACCCCAGAUAGGUGAUCUGUCAAAGCUGGUGUCUUUGAAGACCUUGCUUUUACAUGGAAACAUCAUCACCUCUCUUAGAGUGGCACCUGCGUAUCUACCCAGAAGUCUUUCUAUAUUGUCUCUGGCAGAAAAUGAAAUCCGAGACUUAAAUGAGAUCUCGUUUUUGGCCUGUUUAAGUGAAUUGGAGCAGUUGUCAAUCAUGAACAAUCCUUGUGUGAUGGCAACACCGUCCAUUCCAGGGUUUGACUAUCGACCGUACAUCGUCAGCUGGUGCUUAAAUCUCAGAGUGCUAGAUGGAUACGUGAUUUCUCAGAAGGAAAGUUUGAAAGCUGAGUGGCUCUAUAGUCAAGGCAAGGGACGGGCAUAUCGGCCUGGCCAGCACAUCCAGCUUGCGCAGUACCUGGCUACGGUCUGUCCUCUUACUUCCGCCCUGGGUCUUCAAACUGCUGAGGAUGCCAAACUAGAGAAGAUUCUGAGUAAACAGAGGUUUCACCAGAGGCAGCUGAUGAACCAAAGCCAAAAUGAAGAGUUGUCUCCUCUUGGUCCUGUUGAAACAAGGGUACCUCUUACACCUGAGCACUCAAGCCCUGUUCAAGAUUUCCAGGAAAGUGAACCUGUUCUCCAAAUCAAUUCUUGGGUUGGGAUAAGCAGUAAUGAUGAUCAAUUAUAUGCUGUUAAGAAUAACUUCCCAGCCUCUGCACACUCUACAAGAUAUUCUCGGAAUGACCUUCACUUGGAAGACAUACAGACAGAUGAGGACAAGCUAAACUGUAGUCUGCUGUCUUCAGAGUCCACUUUUAUGCCAGUUGCAUCAGGACUGUCUCCGGUGUCACCCACUGUUGAGCUGAGGCUACAGGGCAUCAACUUGGGCCUAGAAGAUGAUGAUGACGAUGAUGUUGCAGAUGAAUCCAUGAAAAGGCUAGAAAACCAGGACUUGGAUAAGGACAAGGAAAAGCCUUUAUGGGAUACAAAUGAGAGCUCUGUUCAAAGGCUGAAAAGUAAGAUGAGUAAGGAAGCAAAUGAGAAUUCUGGGCUGUUACCUUGUACCAAGUCAGUGCUCAUCAAUGCUAUCUUGAAGGAGGAUAACCAUGGUCUUACAUCUUUCCCGGAAGCAGUUGGACAUAGUGUAUCCCACAUAGACCCAAACCGUGAAGAAACCAUGUCUCCUACCACUUCAGAGAAAUCUCCCUGCAGAAUUUUUACCCAGAGACCUGUUGCUUUGGGACAAGAUAAAGUCACUCUGCAGAAACUGAAUGCAGCUGCCACUAAGCUUCAGGCCUGUUGGCGGGGCUUUUAUACCAGGAACUACAAUCCACAAGCCAAAGGGGUACGUUAUGAAAUCCGGUUGCGCAGAAUGCAGGAGCACAUUGUCUGCUUGACAGAUGAAGUAAGGAGAUUAAGAAAAGAAAGAGAUGAAGAGCGUGUGAAAACUUUUGUACAAGAAGAGGCUGUUAGAUUCCUUUGGAAUGAGGUAAGAUCUCUACAAGCUUGGCAGCAGACAGUGGAGCAGCGUCUCAUUUCCUGGUAUACUGAUGUGCCUCCCGUAUCGAGUACUCUGGUGUCAGCUAAACCUCCAUUAUUUCCACAACAUCGGGGCCCCUCUUGUGAUCAGAGUUCUGAUUGGUUCGUUGCUGAGGAUGAAGCUCCUCAAGAGAAAUCUGUUCCGGAGUUUCCAGACUCUGGUUUCCAUUCCUCCCUAACAGAUCAAGUUCACUGUUUGAAGGAUUCUUUGGAUUUUGAAAAAAGUUCCAUAGAAAGCAGUGAAAGCUCCAUGUUGGGGAAUUCCACAGACACAGUGAAACACGGCAGAGACCCCAGCUCAGAGGCCAUGGCUGAGGAGCACGGUGACUGUAGUAAGGAAAGCUCAAACAGCGAGCAGGAUAACACCCUGCUCGAACAGUAUUUAUCCUCGGUCCAGCAGCUAGAUGACGCCGAAGAGAGGACAGACUCUGAUGAUGUGACAGGAGACAGUAUGUGCCACGCAGCCUGUUCUCCAGAUGAUGAUGUGACAGGAGACAGUAUGUGCCACGCAGCCUGUUCUCCAGAUGAUGUGACAGGAGACAGUAUGUGCCACGUAGCCUGUUCUCCAGAUGAUGUGACAGGAGACAGUAUGUGCCACGCAGCCUGUUCUCCAGAUGAUGAUGUGACAGGAGACAGUAUGUGCCACGCAGCCUGUUCUCCAGAUGAUGUGACAGGAGACAGUAUGUGCCACGCAGCCUGUUCUCCAGAUGAUGUGACAGGAGACAGUAUGUGCCACGCAGCCUGUUCUCCAGAUGAUGUGACAGGAGACAGUAUGUGCCAUGUAGCCUGUUCUCCAGAUGAUGUGACAGGAGACAGUAUGUGCCACGCAGCCUGUUCUCCAGGUGAUGAUGUGACAGGAGACAGUAUGUGCCACGUAGCCUGUUCUCCAGAUGAUGUGACAGGAGACAGUAUGUGCCACGUAGCCUGUUCUCCAGAAAGCUCAGAUGCCUCAUCUUACAGCCAGGUGCAUAGUGUAUCUCCCACUUUACAGGAUGGGAUUAGCCAGACACCAGAGAAUUGUGAGUUAGGUGCAGAUGUUCAAGGGCAGUCCCCGGAAUGUGAUGCUACAUUUCAGGUGUUGCAUGUAGGUGUCACUGUGUAACAGUGACAGAAACUCACUUGAAUUUUCUUAAUAUUUUCAGUUGCUUCUUUUGUUUUGCAAGGGAGCGAUCCUUCCCCCAUUUUGUUAUUGUUUAUAUGAAACUUGUAUUCUUGUCCCAUAUUUUUCAGAUUUGACAUUUUGAGCUAAGUCUUCAUUUUGAUUGUACUAAUGUACUAAAAAUAUUGAUAUUAAAAGGCAUGUGCACUUUACUUCUGAACAAUUACACCAAUAAUGUUUCUGUUACAUAUUUCCUUUCAAAAACAAUUUCUUGAAGUAGUUUUGGCAAUUUUAACAGGAGAAUUUGGUUCUUCUUAAUUACAUAGUAAAGAAUAUAAUAUGUAAUGUAUGACUAUAUGAGGAUUAUGAACAGCUGAAAUUGGCUGGACUUAAAAUAUGUUUUCCCCCCUUUGAGUUAAGGAAAGCCUUCUUAUAUAAGAAAAUUUAGGGAGAAUAACUUUAUAGGAGUGUGUGUGUGUGUCUCAUAACAAACUUUAGCUACUUUGUGGAUCAGUUUUGAAGUAUAGUAUUCCAUAUAGGAUUAAAAUCUAGCUUACUUGGGCAAGAGUAUUUCUCUUUGAUAUGGAGAAAACAGACCUGAGAUUUAUUCACUUGAAAUAAUGCUGCUUUUUCAGCCUACUGACAUUUAUGGGCCAAUAGUUUGGGAAGAAAUAUAUUGUAAGAAAUCAAUAUGCAUUCAUCAUUAUGUUUUUUGCUUUUCUUUUUUUUUAAGAUUUAUUUAUUGUGUGUAUGCUGUUAAGUCUGCAUGUCAGAAGAGGGCACCAGAUCUCAUUAUAGAUGGUUGUGAGCUACCAUGUGGUUGCUGGGGAUUGAACUCAGGACCUCUGGAAGAGCAGUCAGUGCUCUUAACCAUUGAGCCAUCUCUCCAGCUCCUCUUGCUUUUAUUUCUAAAUGUAUUCCACGUGAAGGACUAAAACUAUUCAUUUUUCACUCUGUGUGUGUGUGAGUGAGAGAGAGACAGGACCAAAUUUAGGGCCCUGUGCAUGCUGGGUAAGUACUGUGCCACUGUGUCUCAGUUCUUACUUCACUCUUGACCUUUGUCCCAAGGGGAAGAACAUUUAAAAUCCUGCUACUGAUAGAUUGGAAAUGCAUUUUUAAAAAGGAAUUUUUAUCUAAUCACUGAAAAGUGCCACAUUUGAAAGACAAUUUAAUUGUGGUGAAGAGAAAAAUAAGCCAGGCUGGGCCUGGUGGGACAUGCCUUUGAUCCCAGCACUUGGGAGGCAGAGGCAGGCAGAGCUCUAUGAUUUCAAGGAUAACCUGGUUUACAUACUGAGUUCUAGAUCAGCCAAGGCUACAUGUGAGACCCUGUCUCAAAACAAUAAAAACAUCAACAAUGAAAAGGAAAGAGAGAGAGAGAGAGCAGAAUAAACAUAAAAAAGAAUAUGUCUUCAAGAAUGACAAUAUUGAGUUUGAAUGUUGAAGAUACAUCUGUAAAUCAAAGGUGAAUUUUGGGAGCUUGGCACUGUAUCUUUUAGAAUGUUUUGAUAUCAUUAAAUAGCACAACACAGAUCUGAUUUUUCUAACUGCAUACAUCAAUGGUUUAAAAUUCCAGCAAUACUUCUGUUCUCUAAAUUUAGGUAUUAAAUAUUAUCAGUUAUUCUGUUAUAGCCAUUAGAGCCCCUUGACUGGAAGUGUAUAAAACAAAAGUUCUGCUCUUUCCAAAAUAAAGUUGAGGACCACUUUGCUGACAGGAAUAUGUCUACAUCAUGGUGGCUGUUUAUAAAUACAUAGUUUAUAAACACAUAGCACUCAGGUUAAGAAGGCUUGCAUUUUGCCGGGCGUUGGUGGCGCACGCCUUUAAUCGCAGCACUCGGGAGGCAGAGGCAGGCAGAUCUCUGUGAGUUCGAGGCCAGGCUGGACCGAUAGCCUCCAAAAACAGAGAAACCCUGUCUCGUAAAACCAAAAAAAAAAAAAAAAAAAAAAAAAAAGAAGGCUUGCAUUUCAUCCUCAGAAAUCCAGAAUCCCUUGGAAAGGAUGUGUUUUCUGUUUUUUAAACAGAGCGACAGUCCUAUUUUCAAAAUACUUAAUAUAGUGUAACAUUUGAAUGCAUGGUGAAUAAAAACUGAAAAUUUAACUCUCUGAAUAACAA